AUGUCCACUGCAAAAUGUGGAAGAUGUUUCCAAUGUAUUUCAAAUACUUUAAAAUGUGAUACAGAAUUUAGUAAUUGUACAAGAGUGAUACCAAACAAAUGUAGUAGUAUUUUUGAAUGUCCACCAUCACAAAACUGUAAUGUUGGCAAUGGAACUUGUUUGGAUCGUGCAAAGAUUGGUGAUGAGUGCCAAAAAGGAAUUGAAAACCCAGUGUUUACAAUUUGCUUACUUUAUCCAAAGAACAAUAGUAGAGAAAUUGUUUCCAAUUAUUUCUCUCAAGGUGAAGGUGAGAAUUGUCCAAAAGUUUCAAGUUUACUUUCAACCUGUGACCCAAACCAAGUGAUGUCAUUGUCCAAAGGAAAUUGGUAA